AUGUCGUCGGCCGGCCACCAGAAGGAUGCGCGGCAGGCCGGCGAGCGCUGUGCCUCUUCAGCAGUUGCCUCCGAGUCCGAUACUGACUACAGUUUGGGCUGGCUCGACUCUGACCCCGUUGACCCGGUUGUCGCAGCUCUAUCGAGCAGAGAAGCGCGGAACGAAGCUAGCGUAACUACCUCUCUCGCCGCGCAGCGGCCGCAUGCGUCGGCCGAUGAACAGGUCAAACCGCUGCAAAUCGCAGGCAGUGGUGUCCAGCCACACGAGAACCCAGGAGACUCCUCAACUCGGGGGGGGGAACGGUUCGAUAACGCCGAACCCAACCUGUGCCAGGAGCAGCAAGACGUGGUCGAUCUGAUUGCCAGCGGUCGCAACGUCUUCUUCACAGGUUCAGCAGGAUGUGGCAAGUCCACCGUCCUGAAGGCUGCUGUUACGAGGCUCCAAGCCAUGGGACUAAUCGUCCACGUCCUGGCGCCAACCGGCCGGGCAGGGUCAGCGCUUCCGAUAGGGAAGCUGAUAACUUCAGCGUUCCGCAAGCACAUCCGGCGACGUCUCAAGAGCACCGACGUGCUCAUUAUCGACGAGAUAAGUAUGGUCGAGAACCACCACCUGGAGCGUAUGAACGUCUUCACAUACCGGACCUUGGAUGGGUUCGUUUGGCACCACAAGGAGCACCCUCACUUGGAGCACUACAAUGAUCGCUUCACGGAUGGGUCGCUGGUGGCUCUCAAGGACCACCGCCUAGAACGACAAGUACAACUAAGGACAGGAAUCAUCUGCGGAUUCGAAAACUAUGAUCCUGCCAAGCUUCCCAGGGCCAAGUCGGGCAAGGUCUUGUCAUUUACAGGGCAAACAGGAUCGUCUGGGCCUCCUGCGGAAAACCCGACGAUUUAUGGGGACUAUGCGGCUCUCAAAGAACGACAAGUAGGGUGCUUCAUGGGUGGACAGAAGCACAAUGUUUGGCCUCGGGUGCUCUUUCACAACGGCCAUAGGCGCACUAUUUACGCAGACUGCAUAGUCAACUCGGUCGGUAGCUGUGAGCCUUACUCGCUCUUACACCGCACACAGAUUCCCCUUGUGGCAGCCUGGGCCAUGAGCAUCCACAAAAGUCAGGGGAUGACGCUGGACCGCGUCAUUGUCGUUGGACCGCGUCAUUGUCGAUGUGACGAGGGCAUUCGAAGAGGGUCAGGUGUAUGUCGCCUUGUCGAGGGCGACGGGUCUGCUUGGGCUCAAGAUCGAGGGCAACCCGGAGGGUCUGUCGGUUGGGCGCGGAGGCAACGCCGACGUGCAACGGUUCCUCAAGGAGAAGUUUGGAUCCGGGCUCCCGCUGUUACAGCCUUGAACGGGCCCUGGUUUUCAGGUCGCAGCCGACCGCCCAAGGCGGAUACAGCAAACUGGCCAAUCGUGUUUUACGUUCACGAGAAUGGAUGGCUGCCACGUGACGGCUACAUAGCUGUGCGAUGCUCUAUCCUGAACACGUUGGCAAUAUCAUCUAAGCGCGUACAUUGCGAUGAUACUAGUAUCCCAUUCAACAAGUCGACCAGCAUUGCGAACUUGGAGCCUUGGUCUUCUCUUGCAGCCAGCAGGGAUCAACAUUUUUUGGGAGACGUCUAG